UCACCGUCGCCUUCACUUCUCCGUUUCGGAUCAAACGGCGGAAAAAAAAAAACACACUUUUUUCUCCCUCUUUUCGUUUUGCUUGCCGAUGACGAGCUCUCGGAUGACCGGAUCGGCGCUGUUCCGCCACCUCGGCCCUCGCCUCUUCUCCGCCGCCUCUGCUUCCCGAGCUGCCGCCUCUGUGGAACCGUCGUACACGUUGCUCCUAUCCCCUUCGCGUCCGCCUGCCCCGCUGCUUUUGCGCCUCUUAGCCGUCCGGAUGGGCAGCACCUCGGCGUCUCCGGUGCUCGGCGGAGAUCCGAAGAAGGAGGAUGAGGCGAAGUCUGCGGCCGACGUGGAGAAGGAGGUUGCAGCUGUCCCUCCUCCCGAGCACAAGCUUGUUUCCAGAUACUGGGGCAUCGAUCGUUACAAGAUCGCCAAGGAGGACGGCACUCCUUGGAGGUGGACUUGCUUCAUGCCAUGGGAGGCGUACAAGUCGGAUACCUCGAUUGAUCUGAAGAAACACCACGUCCCCACCACCAUCCUCGACAAGAUCGCCUACUGGCUUGUCAAAACCCUACGAUUUCCCACCGAUAUCUUCUUCCAGAGGAGGUACGGUUGCCGCGCGAUGAUGUUGGAGACGGUGGCGGCGGUGCCUGGGAUGGUCGGCGGCAUGCUUCUCCACUUGCGAUCGCUCCGCCGCUUCGAGCACAGCGGCGGGUGGAUCCGCGCGCUGAUGGAGGAGGCGGAGAACGAGCGGAUGCACCUGAUGACCUUCAUGGAGGUGGCGCAGCCGCGGUGGUACGAGCGAGCGCUGGUGCUGGCUGUGCAGGGCAUCUUCUUCAACGCCUACUUCCUCGGCUACCUGAUAUCGCCCAAAUUCGCCCACCGCGUGGUCGGCUAUUUGGAGGAGGAGGCCAUCCACUCCUACACCGAGUUCCUCAAGGAUCUGGAGGACGGCAAGAUCCAAAACGGCCCGGCCCCUGCCAUUGCCAUCGACUACUGGUGCCUCCCGCCAGACGCCACGCUCAAGGACGUCGUCAUCGUCGUCCGGGCCGACGAGGCUCACCACCGCGAUGUCAAUCACUUCGCUUCGGACAUUCAUUACCAGGGAUUGGAACUUAAAAGUACACCUGCGCCGCUGGGUUAUCACUAAAAUGCUGCUCUCCUCGUAUGCCGGUAUUAUUAUGAAAAAUAAACUGGACCUAUUCUGUGUUGAUUGUUAUCAGACGAUAUGUAAAGUCUUAUUUGUCGGUAACAGCGCAUCAUCAUCUUCGACCA